CACCCUCCUCCUCCCAUCCUCGAUCAUCCUCAGACAGUCCACCAUGGUCUUCAAGGUCGCAGACAUCUCGCUCGCUGCGUUCGGUCGCAAGGAAAUCGAAAUCGCCGAGAAUGAGAUGCCGGGCCUGAUGUUCAUGAGGGCCAAGUAUGCCGCGUCGAAGCCUCUCAAGGGCGCUCGCAUCGCUGGUUGCCUUCACAUGACCAUCCAAACUGCUGUCCUCAUCGAGACUCUGACGGCACUGGGCGCUCAGGUCUCCUGGUCGUCUUGCAACAUCUUCUCCACCCAGGACCACGCUGCCGCCGCCAUCGCUGCCACCGGCGUUCCGGUCUUUGCAUGGAAAGGUGAAACCGAGGAGGAGUACCUGUGGUGCAUCGAUCAGACUCUCGCUGCAUUCGAGGGCGGUCAACCCCUCAACAUGAUCCUGGACGAUGGCGGAGAUCUUACCUCCCUUGUUCACGAGAAGUACCCUGAAUACCUCAAGGACAUCAAGGGUCUUUCGGAGGAGACUACCACCGGCGUUCAUCAUCUCUACAAGAUGUUCCGCGACGGCAAGCUCAAGGUCCCCGCGAUCAACGUCAACGACUCCGUCACCAAGUCCAAGUUCGACAACUACUAUGGUUGCCGCGAGUCGCUUGUUGACGGCAUCAAGCGUGCCACGGAUGUUAUGUUGGCCGGCAAGGUUGCUGUCGUCGCUGGUUUCGGAGAUGUCGGCAAGGGUUGCGCCGAAUCUUUGCGCUCCUAUGGCGCUCGGGUUCUGGUCACUGAGAUCGACCCCAUCAACGCGCUCCAGGCCGCGAUGGGUGGCUAUGAGGUGACCACCAUGGAGGACGCUGCACCUCGCGCCAACGUCUUCGUCACCACCACCGGUAACCGGGACAUCAUCACCGCGAAGCACUUCCAGGUCAUGCCCGAGGAUGCCAUCGUUUGCAACAUCGGCCACUUCGAUGUCGAGAUCGAUGUCGCAUGGUUGAAGGCCAACGCCAAGCAGGUCGUCAACGUCAAGCCCCAGGUGGACCGCUACACCAUGGCCUCCGGCCGCCACAUCAUCCUCCUCGCUGAGGGUCGUCUCGUCAACCUCGGCUGUGCUACUGGUCACCCGUCCUUCGUCAUGUCUUGCUCGUUCGCGAACCAGGUCCUGGCCCAGAUCGCUCUCUGGACCACUCCCGAGAAGUUCCCUCUCGGCGUCCACAUGCUCCCGAAGGAGCUCGACGAGGAGGUCGCCCGCGCCCACCUUGACCAGCUCGGCGUCAAGCUCACCAAGCUCACCACCGAGCAAUCCACCUACCUCGACAUCCCCGUCGAGGGUCCCUACAAGCCGACUCAUUACCGCUACUAGGUUCUCUACCUCAUUUAUAUAUUGAGGUGACGGAUGGCCUCAACGCGCCCUCGCCGAAGUGAUUGGGAGGCACCGACGGCUUUCAACGGCCUACUUUCAGCUGCAGGAGUCUCAACGCUCUUGGCCCGAUGGUGUGUGACCGCCUGAGGCUCUCGCUCCGAGAGCACGUGGGCUGGUAAGGGCUUCAACGGCCCUGGGCUACGUUAUCUGUGGGGAUGCAGAUGGUGCUUGUAUCUGUGCUUAUGUUGUAGGUUUGAGCAAUGUGGAUGAUACUUGUUCGUGCUUUCAAGUCGUGCCGCGUAGCAAAGUGCAACGAAGAUUGGCGGGAGCGCAAAUCAUCCAUCCCAGCGAUGCACUUUCCAGUUCCAGCGAUAAGUUGUAACGCGGUUUGCGUGCGGCUUGAUUACUUGAAGAAUUUGCGAUGGACACUGCUCAAGCGCUC